AUGUAGGAUUAUAUAAAAAUAAUAGAUGCUUAGGUAAUGGAGGAGUCUCUUAUAAACUAUACUCAGUACCAAAUCAAAGGCAUACGUAAGGGGGAAGAGUUUUUAAUCAAUAAGAGAUAUAACGAUUUCGUUAUUCUGAAGGAAGUAUUUAAUAGGACUUGGCCAGGUUGCUUCAUUCCACCAAUUCCACAAAAAAAAUCUCUGGGCAAUUUAGACUCCAAUGUUAUUACUUACCGUUCGAAAUACCUAUCAUAUUUUCUGAAAAAGAUAUUAAAAAUUCCUUAUCUUUGGUUAGGUGAAGAGAUUAGUAUUUUUAUCAAAGGGACGACUGAAUAAUUGCAGGAAAUGGCAAAAAAUAAAACUCUACAGCAAAUUAUAAGCAAGUAUGAGGAGACUUUCACUUUCAACGAGAAUCAACAGGUCUAUGACAUUGAUUAAUUUUAUUCUUCAACUUGUCAUAUAAUACCUAUGAUUGAAAAUUUUUCAAGUAUGGCCAAGAACCUUAUGAAGGAGAAGGAUUCUUAAAAUUAAGGAUUUAUAAUGUUUGUAGAACACUUUUUACCAUAAUUUGAAAAAUUACAAUAGUAAAAUCAUUAAGUAUUUUCUAGUUAAGAAACCCAAGAAUAGUUUCAAUUAUCCAAAAAAUGUUGCACCAAAAAUGAGUACAAUAAGGUUUUUGAAUACACAAAAAUAGUGGAGAGGGAAUUAAUAGCUUGUAAGGAAGCGUUGGUUUAAAGAAACGCUAUUGUAUAAAGAGUGAAAGAAGAAGAUGAGAAAUUAUAUAAGCUGAAUAUUCAACUCCAAGAAUUGCACUCGAAAACUGUGCUUUUUGGAAAGAAAGAAGAAAAAGUGGCAGCCAUCCAGAAUUAAAUUUAAUAAUAGUAAUCCACUGUCGAAUCAUUGAAAUUGCUUCUGUUUUUAAUGAAUAAAUUGAUAUCCCAAUAAGAGAUCCCAAAUUUUUAUAGAAAUACAAAAGAAAAAUACCUAAGAUUAAUAAAAGUGUUUUCAGAUUUUCAGAUCAAAUAUCACUAAUCAUAGACUGAAUUUUGGGAAAAAAUAUAAUUAAAGAUUUGA